UUUCGUUAUGAUAGCUAACAUGACUGUUUCCGGUUGACAUUACUACAAAUUGAGCUGAAUCUCAAACGUCUGAACUUGACUGAAAGAUGCCCCAUGCUCCCAGAACAAAAAUGCAGACCAAACUGAGUACCUGGACACCUCUAAAUCAUCAGCUCUCCAAUGCUCAUGUUUUUGAAGAGAGAAGAAAUUUGCUUGGAAAGUGGUUUGAGAAGUGGACAGAUAGCCAGCGGAAACAGGUGCUGCAAGAUUUUUUCUCCAGAUGCUCUGCUAGUCAGCUGAAACAUCUCAGACAGACUCUGAGCAGCUGGGUACCAGAGGAAGCCCUCGACUUCACUAGGGUCCUUCCCAGGGUCAUAUCACUCUAUAUAUUUUCAUUCCUUGACCCCCGAAGCCUCUGUAGAUGUGCUCAGGUAAGCUGGCAUUGGAAAAACCUGGUUGAGCUUGAUCAGCUGUGGAUGCCUAAAUGUCUGAAACUAGGCUGGUGCAUAACCUUUACUCCAACACCAUUUGAACAAGGUGUAUGGAAGAGGCAUUACAUAGAGACAGUGCAGGAGCUUCACAUUAGCAGGCCCAAGGCACCUGUGAAGGAAGAGUUUAUUAUCCCUGAGGUGAAAGUAAUUGGCAGUGAGAUAGAGGGGUCACUUACUGUGAUCGGUCACAGGGAGUUGAAUUCUGUCUUCCCAAGUCUUCAUGGGAAGAGUAAAGAUGGGAAUAGCUUCGUGAAAUCAGCCAAAGGUCUUCCGCCUUGGAGAGACUCAGACAGGCAUCCCACUGACACAAUACGCUUUAACUACUUGGAUAACUUGGACCCAGUUGAGCAUGCAAGAAAAGUGUAA